AUGAAAGGAAACUUCCAGCUCUACAAUAUCAAGAAUGCAAGAACACACGACAACUUCAACGAUGCUUCUGUUUAUCACAAUAAAACGCAUAAGAGGCAUCAAAGCGGAAACGAGAAACAAAAGGAAAGAAAUAGAAGAAGAAUAUUACCUCACCCCUGGUCGCUACUGUUUCCACUUCCCUUCUUCGGUUCAUCUGAUCCGCCUCUGAAAACCCUUUUCAAACCUUGCUGGUUCCGUGAGCAAUCCAGCAAUACCUCCUCCUCCACAAAUCACAUUUGCCUUCACCUCCUAAUCUAUCUCAUUUGUACAGUUUCUUUCUUAGUUCAAUGCAACACAACAUUUCUCUCACAGAUUCCAGACAUUUUCGGAUCAAUUUCUCGGUCACUGGUCUUCCGUGUUGCUUCACCUGAGAAUGAAGACCACUCACUCAGAGUUGGUGGAACCCUAGUUGACAAUAUCGACUAUUGCAUCCAUAAUUCUAGAGUUUUUCUCCAAACCUUCGCCACUGUCACCGAGAGUAGCGGAUUUGUUGUUGUUGUUUUGUCACUUGAGUAG